AUGGAGCCGAAAUUAAAAGAGAAACAACGACUUGAUGCAAUAAUGAUUGAUGACAAUGAAUUAAAAGAACACAAAUCAACUGUUAGACAAUAUGAUCUUAUUCCAGUUGAAGAAAAAGCAAAUAUUUUAAAACUUAAGAUCAUUAAUGAAUUAGAAUCAAAAUAUCGUGAACAAAUUUUAUGUUUACAAUCUGAUCUAAAAUAUUAUCAAGAUCAAAAUAGAUUACUUAUUGAUACAAAUCAAAAUCUUAAUAAAACUUUAAAUGAUGAACGUUUAGAAUUUAAAAAUUUAAAAUUAUUAUAUGAAGCUGAAAUUUCUAGUCUUAAAAAGAUUAAAGAUGAUCAAAGUAUGCAGAUUAAUCAACUAACAUCCAUUAAAACUAAUGAAGAUAAAAAGUUAUUAUUACAAAAUGCACAACUUCAAGCCAAAUGUCAAGAACUUGAUAAGCAACUUGAUUAUUUAAAAGAAAAUUUAUCUACAGAAAGAGAUCAAAAUCAAUCAAAAAAUGAUGAUCAAUUAUUGAAAGUUAAAAAUAUGGAACUUGAAACGUUAUGUACUACUCAAAAGAAUCAAUUAUGUAUAUUAACUGAACAAAUGAAUAAAUUACGUAAUGAAUUCCUGAAUCAAUGUCAAGUCUCUGUAGACUCAACAAAGAAUCAAGUUAGAACUGAAUUACAAAUUGAACAAUUCAUUAAUUCAAUACGUACUGAAUUAUUUGAUCUACGAAAUGAAGUACAAGUUCAACGAUUUGAAAUUGAAAAUCAACGUAAUGAAUUAAUGAAUAAAUCUAAAGCACUAAAUCAUGAAUUAAGCUUACUAUCUACACGUUUAACAAAUUCUAAUUCAUUUGAAACCAUGGCAGCUACGAAUUACAAUAUGACAACUACUCCCACUUCAAGAAAAGAAGAUCAAGAUGAUGAUCAUAAUCAUGGUGAUGAUGAAGAUGGUGAUAAAAAGAUACAACAAAUAAUCCGAUUGUUUCGUAAUCAUUUUAUGAUUCAUAUGAAUGAAUUUGAAAAUAAAGUAACAAGUAUUACAGAACGUUUAAAUUUAGAAGUAAAUCAAAUGCAAACAUUUAAAAUCUAUGCAAAUUCUCUUAUGGAGAAGAUCAAUGCUACAGAAUCUAAACAAAGCUCGCUUAUUUUAGCUGACCGUCACAAUCAGAGAAUUUUGAAACAUUUAGAUAUAAGUAAUGCUAUAAGAAAUAAAAUGCAACAGUUUGUAGAAGAUUCACGUAAGAAGAAACGAGCAUUAUGUCUUCGUAUAGUAUUAUUGAAACGAAAACUUAAUUUCUUUGAAUAUGAAAUGGAGAAAUUACGUCAAGAGAAUAACAAUCUAAAAAGAAAUGUAUCCAUUUCUGAAUAUGAACGAGUAUGUAUGGCAUAUAAAGAUUUAUAUAGACGUCAUCAAGAAUAUGAACGUAUUAUUCUUAAUUCAGAUAAUCAGAAAUUCCUUAUUAAAAGUAAUACUUUACAAUAG